AUGCCAUUUGGCGAAAAAAAUAUAAAAUUAUCUUCUGGUGAUACAAUUGUUGUUUCAAAUACUAUCCGCAAUUUACUACCAACUCGAAUUAUUCAAGCUUAUAAAGAAUAUUGUAAAGAAUGUGAUGAAGAAUUUAAACCAUUAAGUGAUACGUGUCUAUUUGAAAUUUUACAUUGUUGUACUGCUUCUAAUCGAAAGUCUUUACAAGGUCUUGAUUAUUUCGCCUGUGAUGGUUUCAAUGCGUUUGAUAUGCUUACACAUUUAUGUGAUGAAUUAACAACACAUGGUAAUUUCAGAUGACAUUCUAAUAAUAACCAAGUUAUUAAUUAAAAUAUUUGGAUUUAUUUACAGAUGUUACUACUUCUCAGAUUGUUGGAUUGAAGAAAGGAUUGCAUGAAUCACGCAAUUGUUUAAAAAAUAACU